AUGGAAGACAAGGAAACGAUUAACGAUUACGUGACGCGUGUGACACGCUUGGGGAAUCAAAUGAAGUCGUGUGGUGAAGUCGUUUCCGAACAGAAUUUUGUGUCAAAGGUAUUGCGUUCUUUAACACCAAGAUUCGAUAAUAUUGUGGUGGCGCUUGAGGAAUCGAAUGAUUUCAAGACGAUGACAAAAGAUGAACUUCAAAGUUCAUUGGAAGCUCAUGAACAAAGGAUGGACGAAAGAGGAAACGAUAAAGCCAAAACGGAAGUUGCUUUGCAAUCCCGUUUCAACGAGAAAAAUAAGAAAUCGAAAGGGAAAUGGCAUUCUAGAGGAAAGAAAAAUUUCCAGAAUUUUGAUGAAAAAAAGUCACAAAAUUCAAGGAAAUGUGAGGGUAGUUCCAAAGGUGGUGGUCAAGGCAACUACAAGUCGUUCGACAAAAGUACCAAGAAGUGUUACAAUUGUCAAAAGCUUGGGCAUUUCGCAAGAGAGUGUAGAGCGAAACCAAGGGAGAAUCAUACGGAUGAGGCUAAGGUUGCUAGGCAAGACGUGGAUUAUGAUAACACGGUUCUUGUGAUGAUCAUGAAAGAGAACUACGUCAUUAAAGAGGUGUUGGACAACAACUGUGACAAGAGGAAGUUGAUGGACAACAACUAUUGUAGUGCAGAAAAAUCUGCAAAAACGCAUUCGAAGAAAAGCGCAAUGGUAACAGUUCGAGAUGGAGUCCAAGGGAGAAAUGAGUGGUACUUGGACUCAGGUUGUUCGACACAUAUGACAGGAAGAAAGGAUUGGUUCAUAAAGAUCAAUCAAGCCACGCGAAGUAGAGUGAAAUUCGCGGAUGAUACGACAUUAGCGGCCGACGGUAUCGGUGAUAUUGAGUUGGAAAUCAUGGAGCAUAGGUGUUUAGCUACAUCGGCAAGUCGUGAUGAAUGGUUGUGGCACUACCGUCUUGGACACUUGAAUUUUCGAGAUCUCGACGCGUUGCAAAAGUAUGAGAUGGUGACCGGACUGCCUAGUAUCAAUAUUCCAGAUGAGAUAUGCGAAGAGUGUAUACAAGGGAAUCAACACAAGAAUAAUUUCAGCAAAGAUGCAGGAAGCAACACAAGAAUAGUUUCAACAAAGAUGCAGAGUGAAAUGAUGUUGCUUGUCGGAUAUCAUCCUACUGGAGGUUACAAGUUGUUUGAUGUGAGUAGCAAGAAGAUCGUAAUUAGUCGAGAUGUGAUCGUGGAUGAGAUACGACAGUUUGACAGCAGAAAAACUGCCAUAUCAGUUCGGGAAAUCGAUUUAUGCCACGAAAAUCAACAUCCUAGAGCUGCUGGAACUGUUUCUGGUGAGGUGAAUCAAGUAGACGACCAACAAGGAAAAGAGGAUUGCCUCAAAGACUCCGUGAUUGUGAAUUAUUCUGAGAUAGCGAGAUCAACAAUGAGGGUGAUCUUAUUCACUUCGCUCUAA